GUCACCUGAGCGAGUGGAGCAAAUAACAGACUUACGCAAUACAAGGGGCACCGGGCGCGCGCGUAUCAGCGCCACCGCGGCGGCCCCACGGCGCAGCGCAGCCAUUCGAUCCGAGCAAAAGCAGAGAAGGCUGUCGGCCAGAUCACGCGGCGCUAUCUCUGACGGCGCGACUAUUGUUCCCAGAUGGAACUGGAGGGAGGGGGGGGGGGGUCGAGGGAAAGAAGGGGGUGACUUCUCACACCCCACCAUCAUCUUGAGAGGGUCUGCGUGGCCGGGUAACCCCACCGCGCUGGGCUGCUAAGGUGGCGCAUGGGGUGAAAAAAAGAAAAACUUAUCUUUUGUCUCUUCGGCAUAGCAGGAUGGUCCAGAGGAAGACGGGGAGGAGAGCGAAAGUGGCAAAACGAGAAGGAAAAAGGCGAAGAAGAGGAAGAAGAAAAGGUCGAGAUUCAAACACACGGCGGAAUCCGAUGAGGAGAGCAACGAAGGCGGGUCAGGGGUCUCCAAAGUUUCUACGGCACCGGAAAGAGUCGGGACGGAUGAUGUGGACUCGGAGUCCGCUUCCCACGAGGACGUCACCAUGGAGCCUCCGCGCGAAGACCGGCCGAAGAAGAAAAAGAAGAGAAAGAAACAGAAAAAGCGGAAGAAAGGCAAAAAGAGCUCUGACCUACUGAAGGAGAUGGGCGACGACAUCAGGCAGCAGUUCACCGACCUGCGGGCGCAGUUCCAGGACGACGGGGACCCCCAGGCGUCCUCGCUGGUUGCGGCCAGCAACCAGGAGCAGGACCAGGUUGACGGCGGUCAGGGCGACCAGCAGGGAGCGGCCAGCAAGCACGGCCACCACGCCGCCAAGGAAAAGGGCGGCGGCCAGAAGCACCACAAGGAGGCCCACAAGAAGAAGGGUGAGCGGUAGGGGCCCCGGGCCCCGGGCCCCGUGGGGCCCACUGAGCCGGCGUCAUGUCCGGGGCUGAUCUCGCUAAACGGUCUCGCUCUGGCUUCAGGAAAGAAGAAGAAGAAGGGCUACAAGGAGAAGCACGCGUACAAGAAGAAGACCAAGGGCCACCACGACAAGGCGGCGCACAAGAAGAAGUACAAGGACGAAAAGGGGAAGAAGCUCAAGCACGAGGACGGCGCCAGUCACUUUGGGGAGCACAAGUCCUCCGAGAAGGGCAAGAAGGGCGCCAAGUACAACGAGGAAGGCCACCACAAGAAGGGCCACACGACCAAGGGCGAGCACAACGUGCACA